GGGAGAAGGAAAUAGAGAAGUAGCUGUAGAAGCGAAAGAAACCGUGAGACGGAGCUGGACAGAGGAUAUCAGAGGGAGAAUUGGGGAGCCUCAGACAAAGGAAGGCAGGAGAAGCGGAGAUGACAGACUGGACGGGAGGAGUUAUUGGAGAGUUACAGAGUGAAAGAGAGAAAUAGAGGGAGGGAGGGAGUGACACAGGGAAAAGUGAGAGCUACAGAGGGGAAAAAAGGUAGAGAGAGAAAGGAGGCACUGGAAAGAGGAGGACUGAGAAGUUACCGCCUCCCAAACAGGGGCAGAGAGGCCGGGCUGCAGAUAAACUGAUGCUGGGGGAGUGAUGGACAAGGAGCGCAUUUCAGCGUUGAAACGGUCCUUUGAAGUUGAGGAGGUUGACCAGUCUCCGAACCCCUCUGUUCCUCGUAGAACCCCAAACCCACUCCUUAGAGGUUCAACAUCCACUGCACAGAAAUUUCAGGAUCCAGUCACAAGAAACACUGAAGGUCUCCUGAGACAUGCUGACCCUGGAAAUCAGCGUUCCCCUAAAUCCUCAUUAAGACGGAUUGAACUAGCUGGAGUCCGACACCCUGAAACCAUGUCAAGAAGGACAGAAAUCUCAAUAGACAUAUCAUCAAAACAGGUGGAAAAUUCUGCUCCUGGAUUGUCCAGGUUUGGUUUGAAGAGAGCUGAACUUCCUGGACACAAACCUCCCGAACCAAGAAGGGCAGAGAUCUCCCUGGGAAAAUCCCACGAAGUAAGAGGAGAGACACCAAACUCCAAAAUCCCAGAGCUGUCACCAAGGAGAGUAGAAGAUUCCAAUCCAAAGCGAGUAGAUAUCCAGGUGCCCAAAUCCCCUGAGGUUCCUCCAGUGAAACAGGUGGAAAACUCCAUCCCACCACCCACCAUGCUUCAUCAUCAACAAGAGCCUAAAGCACAACCCAUCCAGUUGGAGAUUCAGCAGAGAACUCCAGAGGUUAGUGAGGACCCUCACACAUACGGAGUCGCCAUGACAGACGCCAUCAGGGACGCAGGGAUGAAGCAAGCUCUCCCUACUCGAGGUGUGGGAGAGAAACCCCCGACGGAUUUUGGAUAUGUCGGGAUAGAUGCCAUCUUGGAGCAGAUGAGGAAGAAGGCCAUGAAGCAGGGGUUUGAGCUAAACAUCAUGGUGGUAGGUCAAAGUGGGCUUGGAAAAUCCACAUUGAUAAACACGCUCUUCAAAUCCAAAGUGAGCAGGAAAUCUGUGCAGCCUACGGGCGAGGAACGUAUCCCUAAAACCAUAGAGAUCAAAAGCAUCGCUCACGAAAUUGAGGAGAAAGGAGUGCGUAUGAAGCUGACGGUCAUCGACACGCCUGGCUUUGGAGAUCACAUAAACAAUGAGAACUGCUGGGUGCCCAUCAUGAAAUUUAUCAAUGACCAGUAUGAAAAGUACCUUCAAGAGGAGGUGAAUAUCAACCGCAAGAAGCGAAUUCCCGACACCAGAGUUCACUGUUGUAUAUACUUUAUCCCAGCCACAGGACACUCACUCCGGCCCUUGGAUAUUGAAUUCAUGAGACGUUUGAGCAAAGUAGUAAACAUUGUACCGGUAAUCGCCAAGGCGGACACUUUAACCUUAGAGGAGAGAGAUUACUUCAAGCAGAGGAUCCGUGCCGAUCUGCAGAACAACGGAAUCGAUAUCUACCCACAAAAGGAAUUUGACGAGGAUGCGGAGGAUAGGCUGGUCAACGAGAAGAUCAGGGAAAUGAUUCCAUUUGCUGUGGUGGGAAGCGACCAAGAAUACCAGAUCAAUGGCAGGCGGAUACUAGGCAGGAAAACCAAAUGGGGAACCAUUGAAGUGGAAAACCCAGGCCACUGUGAAUUCUCCUGCCUGCGGGAUCUGCUUAUCAGGACACAUAUGCAGAAUAUCAAAGAUAUAACGAGCAGUAUUCACUUUGAGGCAUACCGUGUUAAGAGGCUUCAAGAGGGCAACAUGCUUUCCAACGGCACAGCAGAGAAAGACUACUCCUCCAACGAGAUGUAGCCCCUGCCGCUGGCAUCCACCACACCGUCGCCCGUCUUUCAUUGUUUCUAUCUGUCUUCUGCUCCCAGUGUCAUGUUAUAGGAGGGGAGUAGAGAUGGGGGAAGGAAGGACAGCAUGUUAAUUUUUGGGGAACCUCUCAUUGUCCUUGGUGUUGACCUAAAAUGUUCUAUGAAGGGCAGAGGAUGAGCUGGGGGUGGGGAGAAUAUGAACUGCCAAAAUGUUGCCUUUCUUUCUGUCCGGAAUUUUGUGUAUGGGGGAGGCUGAAUGGAUCUCUAACCUUGUUGCUGACUUACUGGAUUAUGACCCCUACUACUGCAAAAUAUUAACUCCAUCCAUCACGUUGAUAUAUAUGUGUGUAUCCAACACCUAGUAAACUCAAUGCUGAGGACUGCAGGGCUCUCUAACACCCCCUUUAAGCUACUUUUACGGUGCCUUCCUCCCCCACAAUCCCGGUUUAGAGAACGCUCCGGCAUACGGAGUGCUCCUCACUGCAUCGUUAUAAGGAGGCUUGUGAGGGAGGCAGACAAACCUUAUUAAGUAGAGGGAAAGGAGGUUCUCAUUGUAAUAUGCCAAACGUUUCAAUCCUGGGGGUUCUAUGUAACGAAAGCAGAAGUAGAUUGUGCUCCUGGUGUAAUUUUGCAAGUUAGAAAUUGUAUUUAUUAUGGAUUUAAGUGAUGAUGGGACGGAGAGGCGCUGGAUGGAGACGUAAGAGGGCACUGGCAAGGAGUGAUUAUAUGUGUUUUCUGCUUAGGUUCUCAAAGUUCAGGUUUUCAGUCCCCAAAGGGUCCUUCUCCUAACCUAUUUCCAGUACCCUCUUCCCGCAGCGUUAGAUGCCCCCCCUCCAUCCAGUAAGUGUUAACAGCUAGUCUGUUUUCUGAUGGAUAACUGUACGUGAGCAAGUAUUUUACCACCCAAUGCACAAAAUGGGACUAUUUACUCCCUUCCUUUAAGGAAACAAAGUGCUUGUGUAUUUAAUUUUUUUUUAAAGCAUAUCUGUCACUGUCAUUUUGUGAAAUGUCCUUUUUUUUUUUUUAAUACUCGUUUGUUCACCUCUCAGAAAAUCCUUCCAUUUGCUAAGCUGCAUUCAGAUGAAAAAAAAAACAACAAAAUGUAAUAAAAAAUAAUCAUUUACUUGUUGAGUUGCUAUAUUUUAGCAAAUAAAAAUUAUAUUAACUGAAAGAUAUAUAUUUCAGAUGCUAAGACUUUAGGUAAGCAGAGGCAGGACGCUCGAUGCACUUGAAAAGAUGUCACCUGUCUGUGAUGUUAUUGUACUGUCCUUUUGUGAAAAGGAAAAUUAAAUGUUUUUUCCCCCUUUUGUAAUGCUUUUUGUGUUUGUUUUUUUUUUGUUUGUUUUUUUGAGGGAUUUAAAUAAACUCAGCUAUCAUAAAGUGGCCUUUUAUUUGAUUUAUAUGCAUUAUGACAAACUAGUCCUUUUUUGUAUACAUAAUAAUGUCUUUUUAAAAUGUAUUUCCUAAAAUAAAUGUUGCAAAUGCAAA